GAGUGAAAGUUGGAGUCCAGCAAAACCCUCCACGCCGCGCUCAGAGCGGCCAGACCGUGAGCCGCGACCUCCAGUACAGGUGGUCGCUCCGGUCUCUGCGAAAAUGUUGUCCAAAGUUCUUCCAGUCCUCCUCGCCAUCUUAUUGAUCCUCCAGUCGAGGGUUGAGGGACCUCAGACAGAAUCAAAUGAUAAAGCCUCUGCCCAUGAUGUCGUCUAUGGCCCCCUGCCCCAGCCUCUGGAAAAUAAGCUUCUCUCUGAGAAAACACAGUCAACUAAGACUGAGACUAGACGCAGAGUUGGCAAACUGCCACAAGCCUCUCGCAUCCUGAACACUAUCCUGAAUAAUUAUGAACACAAACUGCGCCCUGGCAUUGGAGAGAAGGCCACUGUGGUCACUGUUGAGAUCUCUGUCAACAGCCUGGGUCCUCUCUCUAUCCAGGACAUGGAAUACACCAUUGACAUCAUGUUCUCCCAGACCUGGUAUGAUGAACGCCUCUGUUAUAAUGACACCUUUGAGUCUCUUGUUCUGAGUGGCAACGUGGUGAGCCAGCUGUGGAUUCCAGACACCUUUUUUAGAAAUUCUAAGAGAACCCAAGAGCAUGAGAUCACCAUGCCCAACCAGAUGGUCCGCAUCUACAAGAAUGGCAAGGUGUUGUACACAAUUAGGAUGACCAUUGAUGCUGGAUGCUCACUCCACAUGCUCAGAUUUCCAAUGGAUUCUCACUCUUGCCCUCUGUCUUUCUCUAGCUUUUCAUAUCCUGAGAAUGAGAUGACCUACAAGUGGGAAAAUUUUAAGCUUGAAAUCAAUGAGAAGAACUCCUGGAAGCUCUUCCAGUUUGAUUUUACAGGACUGAGCAACAAAACUGAAAUAAUCUCAACCCCAGCUGGUGAUCUGAAUGAGGAGCCAAAGGACCUCCCCAGGGUAGCUCCCAGAGCAGCCCUGGAAACACUCUUCACACGUCCUAACCAAGUUCAGGGCAAUGAAGGCACUGCCCUCAUCGUUUCCAGAGUGUGGAUGGAGCCAGUCACCCAACCAGCCAUUUGUCGUGACUUUAUGGUCAUGACAAUUUUCUUCAAUGUGAGCAGGCAGUUUGGCUAUGUUGCCUUUCAAAACUAUGUCCCUUCUUCCAUGACCACGAUGCUCUCCUGGGUUUCCUUUUGGAUCAAGACAGAGUCUGCUCCUGCCCGGACCUCUGUAGGGGUCACCUCUGUUGUCACCAUGACCACGUUGGGCACCUUUUCUCGUAAGAAUUUCCCGCGUGUCUCCUAUAUCACAGCCUUGGAUUUCUAUAUCGCCAUCUGCUUCGUCUUCUGUUUUUGCGCUCUGUUGGAGUUUGCUGUGCUCAACUUCCUGAUCUACAACCAGACCAAAGCCCAUGCUUCUCCAAAACUCCGCCAUCCUUGUAUCGAUAGCCGUGCCCAUGCCCGUGCCCAUGCACGUGCCCGAGCCUGUGCCCGCCAACAUCAUGAAGCUUUUGUGUGCCAGAUUGUCACCACUGAGGGAAGUGAUGAAGAGGACCACCCGUCUUGCUCAGCCCAGCAGUUCCCUAGCCCAGGUAGCCCUGAGGGUCCCCGCAGCCUCUACUCCAAGCUGACCAGCUGUGAGUGGCGCAAGCAUUUUAAGAAGUACUUCUGCAUGGUCCCUGAUUGUGAGGGCAGUACCUGGCAGCAGGGCCGCCUCUGCAUCCACGUCUACCGCCUGGAUAACUACUCGCGAGUUGUUUUCCCAGUGACCUUCUUCAUCUUCAAUGUGCUCUAUUGGCUUGUUUGCCUUAACUUUUAGGUGCCAGCUGGUACCCUGUGAGGCAACCUCCCCAGUUCCCCAGGAGGUCCAAUCCCCUUGCCAAGGGAGUUGGGUGAAAGCAGCAGCAGGAGCAACUAGAGAUUUUCCUGCCCUGUUCCCCAAAUGGAAGCCUAUAGAGGGUUUGUCCUUGCUGCGACUCUCCCUGAACUGGCCCAUUCACUGAGUCUCCUUGGUAGCCCAUUUCAAAUUAUUAAUAAAUGGGCCACCUUCCUCUUCUUUAAGGGGCAUCUGUGAUGCUCAGUCUUAAAAAUCAUAGGCAUCUAGUGAUCAGCUCCCUAAAACCAUGCCUAUGUACAGGUGGAUUAGCUAUCUUUCAACAGUGCUGACAACCAGACAACCACUGCAUUUUUCCGGAAGCCCACUAUUGCCUUACUAGUGCUUUGGGCCUGGUAAGUGCACCAACUAGUUGCUUCUCUAUACCUGACUCCUUAUUAAGAUGCUGGGCAGCAGUGCAGCAGGAGGAAGGGAUCCCUACCCUUUGGUCACAUUAUUAUUUUAUUGGUUCUCUCUCGCUGCUACCCCUUUCUCUACAGAUAGAUAGACACUGGCAUUAUCCCUUUAGAAUGAGGGUGACAGCAAGAGAGCCUAUUUGGGACAGCAUUCCUCUCUCUGCUGCUGUGACAUCUGCCUCUUUCAUCCGCACUACUAGUUCAAUGCCCUUCAUCCAAUGGGUAUCUAUUUUUUUGUGUGUGAUGAUAGGAACUACUCUCUGCUUUAUAUGCCACCUUCUUCCUUCUCUCUGACCCCUGUGACUUUUCUGUAACUUCCCCUGUGACUUUUCUGUAUCUUCCCCAGUGACUUUCCCUAGUCCUGACCCAGGUACUAGGCCUUGGUGACUUCCUGGGGCCAAGAAACUAAGGAAACUUGCCUUUGCAGCAGGCAUUACUCACCAUUGAUUGGUGCCCACCGGCACACCAUAGGAGUUCCAUCACUUGCUUGGCCCCUGGACCCAUGAGCCAGUCCACUGUUAUACCUGGGGUACUCUAACAAUCACAAUCAAUCAAUUGAAUUCCCUUAAAUUUGUAUGGCACUGGAACUUUGGCAAAGCAUUUUUGACAAAUUGUGUCUAUUUGGAGCUUCAUGAUAUCCCUGUGACAUCUUUAGGACAGGACUAGUAUCCCCAUUGUGCAGAUGGAAACCCUGAGGCACAGAUUUCUAUAGGACUGUGGAUCUCACUGGAAGCUACCCAAGAGCCUAGUGUCGCCUUCUAGACCACAUGACAGGGGUAGGCAGCUCAGUUCACCAUGAUUCUACUCUGUCACCUCUGCUGGUACUGCAGUGGCAGGGCCCAGAAUGGCAACGUCUCUUUAGCUCAAUUUCUGAGCCUUGGGUGCUCAGACUGCCCCCAAGAUCAGAUCUCUCCUGGCUCUAGUAACCCAGUAGAAUGAAUUUGAUGCCUCAAUGCUUGUAUAUGCUAAGUAAAUCUGUGUUUAUAAUUCUGUAAUUUAUUGGAGGGUGGAUAGGGUGGGGUCUCCAUCUACUUUUUGUCACCAUUAUCUGAAAUGGGAAAUAUGUGAAUAAAUAUAUCAGUGAAG